GAUUUCGUCAUAAAAAUACGUCAAAACCAAAUUGAAAAACAAGCUCCGAUAAAGAGUCCCAAAUUAUCACUUUUACAAAUACAAGGUUACACGCUUAUUGUUGAUCAGUUGAUCUGAUGUCAGUCGAAGGUAGGCCGUCCAUCUGUAACCAUCCAGCAAAAUGAACAGUUUAUUUAAAAUAACAAAAACGCUUGCAAAUAACAAUCUCCGAAAUAUUUACACCGUUGCCAAAAAACUGCAACAAGCACAACCCCACUUCGAAGCUAGCCCUUCAACAGCGCAACCCUUAACUGCCCUCACCGAAGAUGAGUUGGCCAUGAAGGAAACCGUGGCCCGCUUGGCCCAGGAACAAAUCGCGCCCCAUGUCAGGGAAAUGGAUAAUGAUGGGCGGUUCAAAGAUUCCAUUGUGGAGAUGCUCUUUUCCAAUGGGUUGAUGGGCAUUCAGAUCGAUACGGAUUAUGGGGGUGCUGGAUGUAAUUUCAUGACAACAGUUUUGACGGUGGAAGAGUUGUCAAAAGUUGACCCAUCGUUGGGCAUUUUGGUGGAUCUCCAAAAUACCCUAAUUAAUAAUGUCAUCAUCAGGUUUGGGAACGAAGAACAGAAAAAAAUGUAUUUGCCACGAUUAGCUAUGAAUACGGUUAGCAGUUUCGCCUUAACUGAACCAUCAUCAGGUUCCGAUGCUUUCGCUCUUAAAACAAUUGCCAAAAAGGAUGGUUCGGAUUUCAUCAUCAACGGUUCGAAAAUGUGGAUCUCAAAUUCAGACCUAGCCGGAGUGUUCCUAGUCUUAGCCAACGCUGAUCCCUCUAAAGGCUACAAAGGCAUAACUUGUUUUAUCGUCGAACGGGAUACUCCCGGUUUCACAAUUGCAAAACCCGAAAAGAAACUCGGAAUUGCCGCUUCGGGAACUUGUAUGCUCACUUUCGAUAAUGUGAGAGUGCCAGAAUCCGCUAUUUUGGGGGAAUUUGGAAAAGGGUACAAAUUGGCAAUUGAAACUUUGAAUGAAGGCAGAAUAGGAAUCGGUGCACAAAUGAUCGGUUUGGCUCAAGGAUGUUUCGACGCGACUAUUCCAUACACGAUGGAGAGGAUGCAGUUUGGAAAACCGGUUUUCAGUUUUCAGGGAAUGCAACACCAAAUUGCUCAAGUGGCGACCGAAAUCGAAGCAGCCCGACUUUUGGUAUACAACGCAGCAAGACUUCUCGAAACUGGUCAAAAUUAUACGAAAGAAGCUGCAAUGGCGAAAUGGUACGCGGCGGAAAUUGCACAAAGGGCGUGUAUUAAAUGCAUCGAUUGGAUGGGUGGAGUCGGAUUCAGUAAAGAUUUUAUUCAAGAGAAGUUUUACAGAGAUGUCAAAAUUGGAAGCAUUUAUGAAGGAACGUACAAUAUUCAUUUAAGUACAAUUGCUAAGGUUAUUGAAAAGCAAUACCAGAACUGAGGGGCUUAUAUUUUAAGUUUUUUUACGUAUUUGUAAGAAAUAAAUAAUAAAAAAUUGAAAA